UUGAGAACCGGUGCUGCUGAAGGCUCGAGGUACACAAGAGGGGAAUAAUGGCGACGUUAGGAGGCCGUCUGAAGCUGAUGGUGAAAACCUUCAGGAGGGAGUGCUACAGGGUUUUACAGUCUGAACGAACCACCAUUCAUGGAGCUGAUGGCAUGUUGCUGAUCCUGCAGCUGGCCAUGGCAGAUGUAAAUAAACAGCACGGCUUGGAGUUCAAAGUGUCUCUGAGUGACGUCCUGAUGGCCUGGAAACAUUUAUUGUUAGACAAACUUCACCUACCACCUCCCAGCUCUGCACGCUUGGAGAACUAUGAUCUCAUCCUGGAGGCAUACGAGUCUUUCCUGAAACGCUCAAACACUGUGGACCUGGUUGGUGUCUUCUUUAUGUGCAAACAGCUGAGAGUAGUAGACUUGGACCCGGAGGAGCCAGUGAGCCCGAUCCAGCUGUUUGAGUUCUUAUUAGGCAACGCUGAGGUCCCAGACUUGCCAGACUCCUCAGUCCCGUCAACACCCUCUAGUAAAAGCAGGCCCUGUAGCUCACAGGUGAAAAUGGCAGUGAGGCGAGUUGUCUGUUCCUAUCUGAGCUUACUUGUAAACUCCAAGAACGACAUGGCCUUGGCGCUCACCCUGGAUGUCCCCACGCGCUCUCUUGGACGACAGGCAUUCACUGACAUCAAGCACGCUGCACAUAACAAAACGUCUCUCUUCUUGGCUGUGACAUCGUUCAUCAGGGCCAUCCAGCUUGGAGGGAAAGGCUACGCUCCAGCAGAGUCUGAUCCACUGAGGAAACACGUCAAAGGCCUUUCUGACUAUGUCCAGUUUUUAGACAACUUGGAAGAAAUACUCGGGGAGGUUCCUGACCCAAGUGCAUGUGGAGCCCGGCUGGUGACCACCAUCAGGGGAGCGCUGGUAAAGGGCCGCAGCAGUGGAGACGCAGUGUGUAUCGCUGCCGAGGAGACUACCAAAGAGUUGAAGGAAAGGAUUUUCCAGCUUCAUGAGAUCCAGAAACAGACUGGAAGUGGGACAGGAAUAAGUCCUGCUCGGCCAAAAGCGUACGCAGUCAAUCAUGCCACUGCCUACGGUGGGAGAGACACUGUCAAGAUCCUAAUGGCGCUGCUGGAUGAAGAGGCCCUGGCUCCUCCAUACCCCAACAAAGCAGAUGUCCUCUCUGAGGAUCAGCCUGAGCUCGGUGGAGCUGAAGGAACCUGCAUCCUCAUGCUGUUCAGAUCCCCUGAAGUGUCUACUGGAUGUUCUCCAGAGCCCCUGAGGAACAGAGUCCAGAGCCGACUAGAAAUGCUCAAACCCAAGGCCAGGGAGAGGGCCGUCCAAUCCCAAUUUGCCUGCACAUACAAGGAGGAAGAGCCGCCACUUAACCGGGUGCUGGACUUUCCAAGCACCAGCCAGCUCCCGACCUGCGUUCACCCAGCAGCCAAGUCCAAGACCAGCACAGCUGCGGGAGACUGGCUCAGCCCUGACCCGGAGGACCCAGCCACAGUCGCUCCGGUCCCCGGAUGCCUGAUAAAACGGCAAAGUGAGGCGCGGCGGGGGGCCGCUCCCGCGCAAAGAAGCGUAAACUCUCAAAACAACGUUUCAGGCUCGGGUAAUGGAAAGAGAACUGGCGUCGAGAAGCGGAGCCAGGCUAACAAGAGGAAGCAGCUGGACUCCGAUCGACACGGCGGAUCAGAGAACCAACCCCCAGAGAAGAAACAUCAUAUUAAUUUGUCAGUCAAAGUAUCCGGCAAGAAUGUCGGCAAGGCCCCGGGUAAAAAGAAGCUCAUAGCUGGACAGGGAAAGCUAACCAGCUUCUUCAGAGUGUGAGCGUUACCUGGGGUUACGUUGACGAUGGUAGAAAAGGUACGAGCCUAACCUCCGAGUACGGAGCUCAUUUUUACUGUCCGACGACUCAAAUCUCCAACAUUUAAUCGUGGUUUAAGUAAAUAGUUUUUUACUGGAGUUUCACAAACUUUAUCACGUUUGCAGUUUGACAGUUUGUCAGCGUUUCCUUUUUUCUCUCCUCUGCUGUGACGUGGACCCUUUGCGGUAUUGUAAAAGCUGUGAAAACACACGUAAAUCCAGAUAUACUAUGGUUUGAUUUAGUUUUAGGUGGAAGACGUCAUUCUGAGUAACUGUUAGCUGGUAGUUGAAUCUGUAGCGACUCUUAAGUCAAAAAAACUCUAAUGGUUGCUUUCGGCCACUGAAGCAGUCUGUUUUACCUUCUCCACCUUUCGUUUAUUGUUUUAUGUUUUGAAAAUGACACUUUGGUUUUUGAGGGUUUUUAGAAAUGUCACGGUCGUUCGUUCCUAGCUAGCUGCUUAGCAUAAUUAUGAAACGCAUGAUCACGUCCCAGCAGUAACUAAAUUUUUAUUUAUUUUCUUAUUUUUUUUAAUCAGGAAUUUUGCUUCUGUCUGCAUGCAAAUGUGUUUUAAGCUGCUAAUUUUUAAGCUUAGAUCACCAUACUUCUGGAAACGGAUAUGAAGCUAACUGCUGCUUGGAUAAUUGAUUAGAUUUGUAGACAGGAAGCACAAAAUAAAUUACAUUUAUGCAGUAUUUGGCUUACAAAGUAGUUUUAUUUAUCAGUCUUUUGCUAAAUUACUACUAUUAUCUAAUUUUAGAAUUUCUCUUGGAUAAUUUACUUGCUGUUUUCCCAAGUUUAAGUGAAACGUUGACAUUUUUAGCAGCAUGGACGUGUGUGUGGCUGAAACUUGAAAAGAUCAGAGUCGGUAUUUGAUCAUUGCACUUUAUUCCUAAUCAUCAAGACGUGAACCAUAAGAUGGAAGAGGAAUCUAUUUAAGUAGUUAUGAAAGUUAUGAAUACAUUGAAUGUUUCAUUUAAUAAACUUUU